AUGCCUGCAAUCACAGAUAGUGCCAAACGGAAAGCAUCGGAGGAGGCGCUCUCCCCAGAUUCCCACAAGAAGGCGCGCACUGACUCUCCCGAGAGGGAACCCAAGACCGAAGAUGACCUCCUGGAUAAGCCACCGAGAAUCGUUCCCUUCCCGGAGAAGCCUGCAGUUCUCGAGGAACGCCGGGGCGAUAUCGAGUUUCGUGUAGUCAACAACGACGGAUCUCGCGACAGCUUUGUUGUCCUUACAGGCCUCAAAUGUAUCUUUCAAAAACAGCUUCCGAAGAUGCCUAAAGACUACAUCGCGCGAUUGGUCUAUGACAGGUCGCAUCUAUCCUUGGCCAUCGUCAAACACCCGUUGGAAGUCGUGGGAGGCAUCACAUACCGACCAUUCAACAGUCGCAGGUUCGCCGAAAUCGUUUUCUGUGCCAUUUCGUCCGACCAGCAGGUCAAAGGAUACGGUGCGCACUUGAUGUCCCAUCUCAAGGAUUACGUCAAAGCCACAUCGGACAUCAUGCACUUCCUCACAUACGCCGAUAAUUACGCCAUUGGGUACUUCAAGAAACAAGGGUUCACUAAAGAAAUAACACUCGACAAAUCAGUCUGGAUGGGAUACAUCAAGGAUUAUGAGGGUGGUACAAUCAUGCAGUGCACCAUGCUACCUAAGAUACGGUACCUCGAGGUUGGCCGCAUGCUUCUGAAGCAGAAGGAAGCCGUACACGCAAAGAUUCGGGCUUUUAGUCGCUCACAUAUCAUUCACGCACCCCCUAAGGAAUGGAAGAAUGGUCCGUGCAAGAUUGACCCAUUGAGUAUACCGGCUAUCAAAGAGUCGGGAUGGUCACCGGACAUGGAUGAGCUAGCACGUCAACCACGCCACGGACCCAACUACAACCAGCUACUACAUCUUCUUAACGAUAUGCAGAACCACAGCGCGGCAUGGCCAUUUACUCAGCCAGUCAAUCGCGAUGAGGUUCCUGACUAUUACGAAGUCAUCAAGGAGCCCAUGGACCUGUCAACCAUGGAAGAGAAACAUGAGAAAGACAUGUAUCCGACGCCACAAGACUUCAUUAAAGAUGCUAUGUUGAUAUUUGAUAAUUGUCGGAGGUACAACAACGAGAACACGCCCUAUGCAAAGAGUGCCAAUAAACUAGAGAAGUUCAUGUGGCAACAGAUACGAAAUAUCCCGGAGUGGUCGCAUUUGGCCGACGGGCAUUGA